AAUCCUUCAGAGGAACCAGGACUUGCACCACAGCCAGACCCUCACCUACACACACAUUGCAUUGCAUCUUACUGAACAUGGACUGUGCAGCUGUCCUAGUGUUGACUUUUGCAGCAGCAGUGUGCCAGGCUCUGGGAGAGGUGCAGGUGUUGAAUGUGACCGAAGGUGGUAACGUCACGGUAUACUGCCGCUACAACAUCCUGAGGUACCGGCAGCACAUGAAGACCUGGUGCAAGCAGCACAAGGAUCCGGGCUUGACGGUGCUGGUGGGGACAGACGGGUACGUGGCGGAGACGCACCACGGCCGCGUGUCUAUCGUGGACCUGAGGAAGAGUGGCAUGGUCUCUGUCACCAUGGCCCUGCUCCGGCAAAACGACUCCGGAGAGUACUGGUGCACAGUGAGGAUGCUGUACGGACUGAAGCCCCUGCAAAGCUUCCAGCUGCACGUUUACCAAGGCACCCCUGAUUCAGAAUCACCAUGGACCCCUGAACAAGAAAGAAGCCUCCCUGACGCUCAGGAAGUGUAUCAGAGUGUAUCAGACGGACCCUUCGACGCACACAUCAUCUGGGGCUCCCUGCGCUGGGCCCUGCUGGCAGUGAUGCUUGCGUGUCCAGUGCUGGUCCACAUCUACGUGAGCUGGAGGAGGACUGAGUGUAAAGUCAACCUGCAGCAGAGGAAUAACAGGUUCUCGUAUAUAAAGUUUUUCAGGCAUUCUGAAGAUGUAACAUUCAUAAACGAAGCGGAUGUACAGCAGUGAGCUGGAGGGUGGGAGUUACACUGCCCCCUGCAGACUGGAGGCUGACAACACUUUGGAGUGUUGGAGAGUGAUAGUCUUCAUGAACCAUGCUCAGCUUUACGCUAACAGAGCAUUCUUUUGGGGUCUUUCCUUUGUUUGUGGUUUUGAGUGAACAGACUUCUGCUCCUAUUUGUACUCUUUUAAAGUUGAAUAAAAACAGAAAAAAUAUGGUUUUGUAAAACUGAUAAAACUACAGAUCACUUUGUCUGUGAUGUGUGUGGAUUAUCGCUUGCCUUGUUGUGUCUUUCAACACUUAUU